UCAAGAAGCGAAUAUUUAAUAUUUAUAUAUUGGGAAUAUAUUAAUAUUUAAUACACUUUCCUUCUCUAGGUUGUUUUUAUUAGAUAUUAUAUAUAUAUAUUUGUUGCAGCUUUUUUUAGAGAGAGAAAACUCAGUCAGUCAUGGUGGGAGAGCUUUCCAUUUUACACUGCGAUCUUUACCUUUUCGAAUUCUUUCGUUUAUACUCAAUACGUACACUCAUGUAAACAAAAGCAAUUUUGAAUCACUCCGUACACACACAUCUCUCUCUCAGUUCUUCAUUUUGUCCGUACGAUUUUGCUACUGGUACUCUGGUUUGCGAUGAUGGCUUGGUCUGAUGCUGAGUCAACACAGAAGUCGACUCGGUCGGUUCGUUACGUUCCUCCGCACCUAAGGAGCUUUAACAACAGUGGUGGGAGCUCGUUCGUCGACAAUGCGAGCUCGUACGGGCCUAAUGCCGAGUUGGCUCAAUACGGUUUCCGUUCUAAUCGCUCUGGUGGGAGGCAAUCGGGAGGGAAUGGUUCGAACCGUAGUGGACGAGGCCAUGGGCGCGUCGGAGGUGGCGGCUCCGGGCGGAGUGGCUAUGAGAUUGGCUGGGGAUCGAACCUGAGUGUGAACCAGGACGUUAGUGAGGUUUCUGAUAAGUUUGACGAUUUAGAGGUUGUUGAGGAUGAUAACAAUGGCGAUGGUGGGGGGAUUAACUUUAAUGCUUAUGAAGAUAUACCGGUUGAAACCAGUGGUACGGACAUUCCGGCGCCGGUGAAUGGAUUUAGGGAUAUAUGUUUGGGUGAGCGUUUGAACGAUAACAUCAAGAGGUGUAAGUACGUGAAGCCGACCCCCAUUCAGCGCCAUGCCAUACCCAUUGCCAUUGCUGGACGGGACUUGAUGGCUUGUGCUCAGACUGGUUCUGGUAAGACUGCAGCGUUUUGCUUUCCAAUCAUCAGUGGAAUUUUGAAGAACAUCCAUCAUAGUAAGCAGUCUCAGCCUCGUUAUGCUCAGACUGCGUCUCCCAGUGCUCUCAUUCUCUCUCCAACUAGGGAGUUGGCUGGCCAGAUUCAUGACGAGGCAAAGAAAUUUGCAUAUCAAACUGGACUGAAGAUUGUUGCUGCGUACGGUGGGGCAUCUAUUUCUAAUCAGCUUCGGAAUUUGGAAAGGGGAGUAGAUAUCUUAGUUGCAACUCCUGGGCGCUUAGUUGACAUGAUUGAGAGGGGGAGAGUUUCACUGAGAUUGAUAAAAUAUUUUACAUUGGAUGAAGCUGAUAGGAUGUUGGACAUGGGUUUUGAGCCCCAGAUCCGAAAGAUUGUUGAGAAAAUGGACAUGCCUCUGCCAGGAACAAGACAAACAAUGCUUUUUAGUGCCACGUUUCCAACUGAGAUUCAGAAGCUUGCAUCAGAUUUUCUUUCAAACUACAUAUUUCUGGCGGUUGGCAGGGUUGGUUCAAGCACUGAUCUUAUUGUACAAAAGAUUGAUUAUGUUGAGGAUAUGGAUAAAAGAAAUCAUCUAAUGCAUAUCCUUCAUACUCAUAUGGCAAAUGGAACCCGGGGAAAGCUUGCCUUAACCUUGGUUUUUGUUGAGACGAAGAAAGGGGCAGAUGCACUGGAAUACUGGCUGUCUAUGAAUGGCUUUCCAGCAAUAGCGAUACAUGGGGACAAAGUUCAAUUUGAGAGAGAACGGGCUUUGAAGUCAUUCAAAAGCGGCACUACUCCAAUACUGGUGGCAACAGAUGUUGCUUCUCGCGGAUUGGACAUCCCUCAUGUUGCUCAUGUUAUCAAUUUCGAUUUGCCAAGAGAAAUAGAUGACUAUGUUCAUAGGAUAGGAAGGACAGGACGUGCUGGUAAUUCUGGUCUUGCAACGGCUUUCUUCAACGAUAAGAACUUUCCACUUGCAAAGGCACUUGUUGAACUCAUGCUAGAAUCCAGUCAGGAGGUUCCUUCAUGGCUUAACCAAUAUGCUGAGAGCUCAACUUCCUUUGGCCGAGUCCAACGCUCUGGAGGCAGCCAGUUUGGAGGUUAUGACUACCGCAGUGCUCCUUCCGGAGGAGAGACCUAUCAACACUACAGCAGCUAUGGUGGCGAGGAGUCAAAUUUGGAUUCUGGCACUAUGACCUCUUCAUAUGAUGUUUCUACUGCAGUUCCUACAAGUGGUGAGUAUUAUCUCUCGGCUGAUGCAGAACCCUAUGUUGCUAAACCAUAUGAAUAUGGAGAAAGUUAUGAUAACAUAGUUGCCAGUGGGUGGGACUAGAAGCUGGUUUUUUCAUUGGCAACUAGUCAUAGUUAUAAUAAUAGUUUUUAACAUACGAAUGAUGCUAGCUGAAGACUAACUACAAAUCUGAAGUUUGACUUGUAUCCUUGUAGUUAGAAUCUCGUUUUUGAAACAGCAGUUGAAUCUUUACAAUAGUUUUUUUAACCUCUUCUGAUCAAUGAAAUUCUAGCAUCUUUUUUUUA